GUUACUUUCCAUAGAUUCGUUGGUGCCCAAAGGUCAAAAGUUGGUAUCCUUUUAUCCAAAGUUAUGUUCUUGCUAAAUGCUAAUGCUCACCAAAUAUUUGGAAAAUAACAAAAACCUAAUUAAUUUAAUAAAUAAACCCAACGAAAAAAAAAGAAAAAAACAAAGGAGAGAAUCCUCAACAAUUUCCAUUUUCCUCGAUUUCUCAGAAACCUUCAAAAUUUUCUGAGUUACUUGAGUUUACUAAACAAUAACAACUUGAUAAACAUACAAACAAACAAACAAACAAAAUUUAGUCCACCACACAACCCGAUAAAACAACAACUAUAAUCAGUAAUCACACAGUUGGAAACAAGAUAUAAGUUCUACCGUCACUGCUGCUGCACUUUACUUUCUUUCUUUCUCUCUCUCUCUCUCUCUAUCUCUCUCUUCAUAAGAAGUUGAUUUUUGACAAUUGGAUAUCUUUUAUUUGGCUUUUGGGAUAUGUGAUUUCCAAGGAUUUUUUCAGGUUUACAACCAGGAGAUGAAUCCUUAUGUGGUUGGACUUCUUGUCCCUAUUGUUUUCACUCUUAUUAGUCGAAAUACCAAGCGUGGCAAAAAAAGAGGGUUGCCUGUUGAUGUUGGUGGUGAACCUAACUAUGCAAUUAGGAAUGCUCAGUUUACUGACCUUGUGACAUCACCAUGGGAGGGUAUUUUGACACUGGCGGAGCUUUUUGAAAAGGCAUGUGAAAAGCACAAAGACAAGCCCCUUCUUGGAACCAGAACACUACUUGCGAAAGAGACUGAAGUAACAAAAGAUGGGAAAUCCUUUGAGAAACUUCAUUUGGGAGAGUAUGAGUGGCUUUCCUAUGGCAAAACUUUCGAAGCAGUGUGUAAUUUUUCUUCUGGUUUGGCUCAGCUUGGACAUACGAGAAAUGAACGUGCUGCAAUUUUUGCUGAUACACGAGAGGAAUGGUUUAUUGCAAUGCAGGCUUGUUUCAGGCGCAACAUUACCAUAGUGACAAUAUAUGCUUCUCUUGGAGAGGAAGCCUUGUCCCAUUCACUGAAUCAGACUGAGGUCACGACGGUAAUUUGUGGGCAGAAAGAAAUGAAAAAGCUUGUGGACAUCAGUGGACAACUUGACACUGUAAAGCGUAUUAUAUGUAUGGAUGAUGAGUUCUCUUCUAAUGUCUCUUUGGUGGAAGAAAGCUGGACUGUCAUUUCAUUUGCUGCGGUGGAAAAGCUUGGACGAGAAAAUCCAGCUGAUGCUUAUUUACCUCUACCAACUGAUGUUGCCGUGAUUAUGUAUACAAGUGGGAGUACUGGCUUACCGAAAGGGGUCAUGAUGACUCACGGUAAUGUACUUGCGACAGUUUCGGCAGUCAUGACUAUUGUUCCUGGACUUGGAAGCAAAGAUGUUUAUUUAGCGUAUUUACCUCUAGCUCACAUCCUGGAAUUGGCUGCUGAGAGCAUAGCAUCUGCAAUUGGAGGUAAAAUAGGAUAUGGUUCCCCGCUUACACUGACAGACACAUCAAACAAGAUAAAAAGGGGUACUAAGGGAGAUGCUUCUGUGUUAGCACCUACAAUAAUGGCAGCUGUGCCAGCAAUUCUAGACCGAGUUCGAGAUGGUGUACGCAAAAAGGUUGAUGCAAAGGGUGGACUCUCCAAAAGAUUAUUUGAAUUUGCAUAUAAUCGCCGCUUAUCUGCAAUGAAUGGUAGCUGGUUUGGUGCAAGAGGUCCUGAGAGGAUUAUUUGGGAUUUGUUAGUGUUUAAUAAGGUUCGAGCUGUGCUUGGAGGUCGUAUACGCUUUAUUCUGUCCGGAGGUGCACCUCUUUCGGGUGAUACUCAAAGAUUCAUCAAUAUUUGCAUUGGUGCCCCAAUAGGUCAAGGUUAUGGGCUUACAGAGACCUGUGCUGGUGGAACAUUUACCGAGUAUGAUGAUACUUCAGUUGGUCGUGUUGGUCCUCCUCUUCCUUGCUCGUUCAUUAAGUUAAUAGAUUGGCCUGAAGGGGGAUAUCUUGUGAGCGAUAAACCCAUGCCUCGGGGAGAAAUCGUUGUUGGUGGUCCAAAUGUCACACUUGGAUAUUUCAAAUCUGAGGACAAAACCGAUGAAGUGUACAAGGUCGAUGAGAAAGGGAUGAGGUGGUUCUACACUGGUGACAUAGGACGGUUUCAUGAUGAUGGUUGCCUAGAGAUAGUCGACCGCAAGAAAGACAUCAUUAAACUUCAGCAUGGAGAGUAUGUUUCUUUAGGAAAGGUUGAGGCAGCUUUGAUUACAAGUCCGUACGUUGAAAACAUCAUGCUGCAUUGUGACCCUUUCCGUAGCUAUUGUGUGGCUCUUGUGGUUGCUUCAGAGCCAGCCCUUCGAGAUUGGGCUGCCAGGCAACAAAUUAGUUUCAAUGAUUUCCCCGAAUUAUGCGAGAAAGAUGAAACUAUAAAAGAAGUUCUUGGAUCCCUAAUAAAAGAAGCAAUGAACGCCCGACUGGAAAAAUUUGAGAUCCCGGCAAGAAUCAAACUGCUUCGAGAACCGUGGACUCCAGAAUCGGGAUUAGUAACAGCUGCGUUAAAGCUCAAAAGAGAGGUUAUCAAGAAGGCAUUCUCGGACGAGCUUACUGCGUUAUACUCGUGAAUCUUGAUAAUACAUUGUGCAGAAUUAGAUGUAUCAUAGACGAGUUCCGUUCACUCUUUAAGGUAUUCUUUACUGCUCUUCUAUCUCUUUCACUUAUUCAUGAGACGAUACUUUCGGACGGUCUUAAUUUAUUUGCUUGAUUAGGCUUUCAAUUUUUUGAUGGUUACUAGGGCACAUUGUAUCCUUUACAAUUUUGAACUUUAUGGAAAUGUAAGAAAUACAUUUUUGGAGAGA